UAUCAAUCUGUGCAUAUCAAUUCUAGUUGGUUCAAGUACAGUUCAUAACCAAGAGUAACGCACACGUAUAUUACAGCGUCCGUAGCUCUAAGCAUGUAUAUCCAGUAACUUUUUUAUAAAAAAGGUACUUGAAUAUACUUCCUCUACAUCAUUAAUCUGUUUUCCUUAUUCAUAUAUUUUUGUUCACUUUGUAUAUGACAAUGAAAUGGGAAGUGCAUAGAAGUGGGAAGUUCAAAGUAGUGGGAAACGUAUUGAAGUUAGUCGCAUUGCGCAAAUCGAAUAUGAUCUCCCAUUGAACGAAUAAUAGGAACUUGAUAGAAAUUUAAAAACGGGCAAAAUAUGUAUGACAAUUAUAUUUUACAUAUAGAUUAAGAUGGCGGUGUAAGUGAUACUAAACAACUAUAAAACUUUAAAUAAAUCUUCUCAUAGCAUAUUAUAAAAAAUAUUCCGCAGAAAUUUAAUGAGAACGCAAAGCUUCGCCGCUAGAAAUAUGGAAAAUUAUGUGCUCUGAAUUAAUGUUUCCGUAUUAAAUGACGUAGUACAAUGCAACUAACCAAAAAUUAGUGGUAUUUCUUAUCAUUCGCUUUCUCUUUCGCACAUUAUUUCAAAAUGGCAGCCGCUACGGACGAACUGAUCUUGCUUGAACGAGUAUUUCUUCGCUUGGGUUCUGUGGAGACUGAUGAACAGUUACAAGCAUCAGUAUGUAAAUUUCUGCCUCCAGUUUUACUAAAACUAUCUAGUGCACAAGAAGGUGUUAGAAAAAAAGUAAUGGAAUUAUUAAUUCAUAUAAAUAAAAGAGUAAAAACUAGACCACAAGUUCAACUGCCAGUUGAAGCUCUACUAUUACAAUAUCAAGAUCCUGCUGCCAGUUCAUUCGUAAUUAAUUUUACAAUUAUAUAUAUAAAACUAGGAUAUCCCAGAAUGGACAUACAAAAGCAGGCUGAACUAAUUCCAAGUGUACUAAAUGCUAUAGAAGGAAAACCAUUAUCUCAUCAAGAUAGUUUAUUACUUAUAAUUAUGCCUGCAUUGGGUCAUAUUAAUGUUCCCAUGGAUCCAGAUAAACGAGCAUCUCUUCUUGGUUUGCAAGAUAAACCUUAUGUAUCAAAACAAUUAAUCAAUUUUAUGCUUGAUGUUUUGUUAUUACCAUAUGGAUCAGUAGGACAAACAGAAAAUCAACAUCCAGGUCAAGCUAUUGAUUGGUCACAGUUUCCUGUACCACCAGGAUUAAGUGAAUAUGCAUUUAAACGAGUAAUAGGUGAAAAUCCACCAACAGCUGAACAACUGGAACAAACUAAAUUAGGAAUUGUCAAAUUUCUUAGUAGUGGAUUCUUUCCCGAUUCUGACAUUCUCAUACAUUUAAUAGUAGCAGCUGCUGAUACCAGAUUCAGUGUUGCUAAUAUGGCAGAUUUAGAAUUGAAAAAAAUUGUUAAUACAUUAGAUUGGUCUUCAAUGCAGUUAGCAGCUCCACUUUAUACUUUAUUUUUGGGUACUAAUGCUUUAGCUGCACAGAAAGAAGUUAAAUCAGAAAUGAAACGAUUACCAGCAAGUACGCGAAUUCGUCUCAAAUUGUUACAUUAUCUUUGUCGUGUAACUAAAACUGGUUUUAUUAUACCACCUUGUAUUCAGGUAGUCUUUGAUUCACUGUACGGUAAAAAUACAAACACAAAAUUAAAAUCAAUGGCAUUGACAUUUACAUCAAAUAUUGUACAACAGUGUAACCUAGCGCCACUAUCUCGUGUAGCUGGAGUUAUUUUAAAUGGUAUGAUAAAGUUAAUUUCUGAAGGUGAACAUAAUCAUAAAGCAAUGGCAUAUACUGUUAUUGGACAAUUGGGACAAAGAAUACCAUCGUUAAUUAAUAAGGAUGUAAAUUUAUUACGUAAUUUAUUCCAAACACUGAUAUCGACGGAAGGUGAUUUACGAAGAGCAGUACGAGAUGCGUUAAUUACGGUCACGUCUGCAUUCGUACUUAGUAAAGACGAUGAAACUAAUAUAUCUUUAUUGAAUGAAUUAUUGUCUACUUAUAUCGAAUCACCAGAAUAUAAUGUCAGAUUUGUAGCUAUGCAUUAUGCUGCUACAGUAUUCCCACCUGAUGAUGCACCUUCUCGUUAUCUUCUGUUGCUGGCAUGUGGUGAUAAUAAACAUGAAAUAAGUAAAGAAGCCGCAAAAGUUCUGUACAGCACUUUGAAUAAAACUGAAAAUGAUAAGCAAGAUAGUAACCAAAUUUUAUUGCCAGACUUCUCAAAACUUGUUGUAUAUAUUUAUUCUAAAAUGCAAACGAGAAUGCCAACUUCAAGUACUGGUAAAGUGAAUGUUGAAAGUAAGAUACUUCCUUACAGUAUUACUGUAUUUACAGAGAUAAUUAAUUAUCUUCGUAUCUGUUUAGCAAAAAGUGCUAAUGCUACCGUACAAAAUGAACCAUUACAGCAUCCCUGUGAAAGUACACCUUUAAUUGCACGUUAUUUAGAAAAUCUUUAUAAAGAAGAACCAUAUACAGUAAACAGUUAUUUUGAUAUGGUUUUGAUCUUUAGUAAUGCCUCUGCAGAUCAGACUUCUUUACAAGCUUUGUUAGAACUGGUUAGUUCUAUUCCACAAUAUAUAACGAAAAUUUACGAAAAACAGUUGUCACGACUUCAUAAUUUACUAACGUCUACAAAAGUAGAUAUAAGACAAGUGGCUGCUAAAAUUUAUGGCGUAAUAACUGCCCCACUUCCGGUUAAUGACUUCGAAACUCAAAUUUCUGAAAUUAUAAAUAUUACAAAUAAAAAGAAUUUGGAAGCUCAACACGGAGGAUUAUUAGCUUUAACAUAUAUGAUGGAAAGACGAUUAUUAAUGUUUAGAAAGAAUUCUACAAAUGAUUCAUUUAAUUGGGAUCUUUAUACUAAUGUUGUAAAAAUAAUAUGUAAUUUUCUUGAAAGUAGUACAAUUUUGUUAAUGGAUGCUGCAAUUCAGAGUAUUGGUAUUUUGGGAAAAAUUUGUGGAUUACCAUUACCUAAUGAUGGUGAAGAACAACCCAAUAAAAAAGCAAUUGUGGAAAUAUUGUUUUCCACAUUGAUUAACGCAAAAUUAAAUACUAAGAUUAAAGAAAAGGCUGCACUUUCACUAGGAUAUUUGUGCGUUGGAGAAAAUUUUCCACAUACCUCACAGAUAAUUGACAAAAUAAUUGGAAUUGUUAAAGAAACGAAAGAUAUUGAAAUUCAUCUAAUUUUGGGAGAAGCAUUAGUUUGCUGUGUUCAAGGUGAAGCCUCUCCAGAGAAAAGGGAUCCUUGGACAACUUUACCGAACGAACAUGAAGUACCUUAUAGUAACACCAGUACUGAACUAUUUAUGCAGACGUUAGAUAGAUUACUUGGAAUGUAUAAAGAUCCACACCCUAAUUUAAGACAGGCGGUCUGUGUAUGGUUGUUAGCACUGUUAAAAUAUAAUAUCCAAAGAGAAUGCAUUAAACAAAGAUUUUCGUCGUUACACCGUGCAUUCAUGGAUUACCUUGCAGAUGACAGUGAUGUAAUACAGGAUAUAGCAGCAAAAGGACUUAGUUUGAUAUACGUUAAUAUUAACAAAGAAGAAAAAGAUUCUUUAGUUUCUACUAUAUUAAGUCAAUUUACACAAGGGCGUAGAAGUGUACAAGAAGUUACACCCGACACAAAAUUGUUUGAAGAGGGUCAAUUGGGAAAGACUCCAACAAGUGGCAACUUAACUACAUAUAGAGAAAUCUGUUCUUUGGCUACAGAAUUACAGAAACCAGAUCUAGUAUAUUACUUUAUGCACUUAGCAAAUCACAAUGCAGUGUGGUCAUCUAAAAAAGGUGCUGCAUUUGGAUUUGCAACGAUUGCAAAAAUAGCAAAUGAAGAAUUAAAUAAAUACUUGCCAAGCAUUGUACCACGCUUGUAUAGAUAUCAGUAUGAUCCAACUCCUAAAAUUCAACAAAGCAUGUCUAGUAUUUGGCGUGCAAUCAUUCCAUCGACAAGUAAAGCAAUUGAACAGUAUCAUGAAGAAAUAUUAGAUGAUAUAACUAAUAAUUUAACACAUUACGAAUGGCGAGUUCGAAUUAGUUGUUGCAAUGCGCUUGCAGAUCUAUUAAGAGCAAAUGCUCGUUUAAAUCUUGUAAAAUAUGCACCAGAAUUGUGGAAAAAAUUGUUUCGAGUAAUGGAUGAUAUUCACGAAGGUACGCGAUUAGCUGCUACGAAUACAACUAAAAUACUUAGUAAAGUUUGCAUCCGAUAUUGUGAUUCGUCUCAUGGUAAAGACGGAGAAGAAGUACUGCAAGCAAUAUUGCCUAUAUUAUUAGAUAUUGGAGUUAUUCACAUAUUAAGCUCCGUAAGAUCGAUAUCGCUGCAAACAGUAUCUCAAUUGAUUUCAAGAGCUGGUAAUUUACUUAAACCAUCUUUAGUCACUUUAAUUCCUGCAUUGUUAAGUGCAAUUGGCGAUUCGGAAAGUCCUAAUUUGUCGUACUGGAGUAAUGUAUGUGGGACGGCAACAGAAACACGAGACGUUAUUGAUAAUAUUAGAGCUAGUGCUGCUAAAGGACAUUAUGCUACUGAAACAGUAACGAAGUGCAUACAGUACAUCGAUGCAGAGGUUUUAAAAGAAUUAAUGCCAAAGGUGAUAGAAUUAAUUAAAUCUAACGUGAAUUUUGGAACGAAAAUUACUUGCUUACACUUCAUUAUUCUUCUGAGUGUUCAUUUUAAACAUGAAAUACAGCCUUACACUGGUAAAAUUUUGUCAACUUUACUGAAUGGAUUAUUAGAUUGCAAUUCUGUUGUUAGGAAAAAUAAUGCAAGUACUAUUGGGCAUAUAGUUGGAUCAAUGAAGGAAUCAAGUCUUAACAAGUUGUUUAAAACACUUAAUACAUGGUACAUGGAACGAGAUGAUACGGUCAAGUUUGCAAUUGGACAAACAUUACAAGCUAUAAACAAUUAUAAUCAAGAUGUACUAAGAAAUUAUUCAAAUAUUGUUAUACCUCUUACUUUUCUCGCAAUGCAUGAACAAAAAUCACAAGAGAAUGAAAAUGCAAUUGAAUUAUGGACCGAUCUAUGGAACGACAUAACUCCAGGAACUGAAGCUGGAAUCAGGCAAAAUGUUGAACCAAUAACAAACAUUUUACGUUCAUCUUUAGAAUCAGCUUCUUGGAUUACAAAAGCACAAGCAGCUAAUGCAAUCAAUACUUUAGCGCAAAAAUUGGGUAAUGAUCUUGAUGCAACUGUAAGAGACACUUUGUUAAAGGUGUUAAUCGAUGGUUUACGCGGAAGAACUUGGGACGGCAAGGAACGAUUGUUACAUGCUCUUGCUACGCUGACAUGUAAUAGCAAGCAAGGUCUUAAAGAGAAUGCUGAGAUAUCUGCAGAUAUAGUGCAAGUGUUAUAUAAAGAAACAAAAAAGGAGGCUUUAGAAUAUCGCCGUCAUGCUUUGAAAGCAUUUGGUAUGGUUUUGCAUGAAUUAGACGUCGAUAAGUUUAAGGAAGUGUACGAUAUCGCUCAAGAAAUUUGGACAACGUUGCCAAAGAAAGACGAAACCGAAUCUCUAAUAUCUGAUGAGAGAAUGAAGAGAACCGAUGACAUGGUGAAAUUAUACGAAGCCAUUUUUGAAACACUUGGAAAAGCAUGGCCAUCUUGUAAAGAAACUCAAGAUAAAUAUUGUAUAGAACUUAUAACAUGUUGUGACAAAAUGUUUCCUCUUCAGUCUACAACUAUACAAAUAUCAAUGUUAGUAAUGCUUAAUUUAUUUUUGGAUAAACUUUCUUUGCUCAAAACAAAUUACUCAGAAUUGUCAAUCAAAGAUAAAGAAAUGUUGGAUUCAAUUUGUAACACGCUUAAUAAUAUAUUAACUCGUAGUAUAGGUAUUUCGUACAUCAGGAUAAGAAAAGAAGCCUUGAACAUAGUUCUGUCCCUUGGUAACAAGUUACGUGAUACUAAAAAUACUGAACUAUUUGAUAAAAUGACUUUUAUAAUGCAGAAAGUCUUACCAGAACUAACAAAAGAUAAUGAACCGGAAAUUCGUACAAGACUUAUUGAUAUCAAAGAGAUGUUUAAAAUAUGAAAUCAGUGCUUAAUUUUAGUAUUAUUUAAUCGAUGUUCUGUAUCUCUAAAAUUAAUGUCUUCAUUUUCAGUCACUUUAAAAUAGAGAUGAUGCAGACAAAUGUAUCAAUUAAUAUAUGUUUAUUUAAAGAUACAUUUAUUAUAAAUGUUGCUAGUAUGAACAAUUAUUUAAUAAUAUAUAAUUUAAGUAUAACUCUGCUAAUAGUUGUUACAGUUUUCUAUUUUUUUUUGUUUAUUUUACAUUGGACUUGUAAGAAAGAUAAAAAAAAAUGUUUUUACAUACACAAUUCAGAAACAUUUUCAUUUUUAUCAAACAAACAAGACUUAUAUUUAAAAUACGUGUUUUUAUGGGUAAGUACAAUAUUAUACUAGGCAAUAUAUAAAUAAUAAUUAUAAUUAUAUAUAUAUC